GCCGUAAUGGUGGUCACAUGGUGGUCAAGCUGCUCUUGGCCAACCUCUGGCUGUGCCUGGCCUAUGACUUUGGCUACCAUCCCAGUGCCGAGGAAUACGACAGCUUGUGGCAUCGCGAUCGGCAUCGCUUGGAGCAACGCUUUGUGCCGCGCUAUCAGCAUGCAGAGACCUCGAUACGUUUCGAGCCACCAGAAUUGCAUUUUCAAUUGUUUAGCCAGGAGCAGGAGCAGCAAGAGGAUAAUCCUCACCAGCAGCAGCAGCAGCAGCAGCCAUAUGUGUUCGAGGAGUCCGUGGAGCAGGAGGCAAAUCCCAGCAGUGUGCAGCCAGAACCAGACCUGAUGCAUGUGCAGAGUCAGCUGCUGGAGAUUAAGCAGCCCAGACCGCAGCCAAGUCCAGCGAAUGGCUCCUCCCCAUCAAGUUUUCCCAUCUUCUUCUCCAAUCCAGCGACAGGCAUUGUCUAUGCCAUCAGCCAAGUGGGAGAGGGAUCACAAUCCCGCAAUGACAGCAGCAACAACGGCGGCAACGGGGGCGGCGAUGGCUCCAUAGCCAUUUAUGUGACCAAGGCACAGUACGAUGCGGAUCUGCAGGCAAUGCGGCAAAGGUACGAGGAGCAAUGCCAGCAGCUAGCGAUGCCCCCAGGCACUGUGCUCUCCACGCCGAACCUAAAGCCGAAUGCCCAGGGACAACAAGGACAAGGCGGUGUGACGGCACGGCCACAGAUCAUACGCCUGCAGAAGCCAAAAAAGUCACAGGCUGGAGCCAGCAAUAAGCUGCCAAAGCCACAGCAUCGACCGCCGCCGGUGAUGGUAACCAGUGGGCCCAUAACCACCAUCAAUGAUCAGGUAUUCAAGCUGCACCACAAAGCGAGCAGCAGCAGCACCACCACCAGCACCAGCACCAGCACAACAAGGAGACCCAAAGUAUCCAACAUAAAGCGAAAGAAGCGCAAGAAGAAGAAGCCAGCUCCUGUGAAGACAAUCAAACGUCGGCCUGGACACAAGCGGCGCGGCAACAGCACAACAGCGGCAACAGGACACCCAGGUCCGCCACUCAUUAUACUGGGCAAGAGGCCGGCAGGCAGCAGCAGCAGCAGCACAACAACAACAACAACGAGUCCACCACCUGGUUCCACGCAGCUGGAGAAGCCGCACAUGCCGCUGGCCACCACAUCAACGGUUGGCAAUAUUUUCAGCCAGCAUUCAUUUGGAUUGAAUCAGGGAUUUCGGGAGCAUUAUGCUCGGCCCCAGCUACAUGUGGGACCUGAAGCGGCGGCGGGGCCUGGAGUGUUGCACCUGCCACACGCUGUCCAUCUGCUGCACAGGAAUCAUAGUGGGGCAGCCAAGGAGAGUCAUUCUCUGCCGGAUCAGGGCAAAAUCAAAAUAAAGAAAAAGAAAAGGUCAAAGGCAAAGACAAAGCCCAAGGCAAAGGCAGAGAAGGGCUCAGCUUUUGAUAUAUUCGAGCUGAUGUCUGGCGGGGACUACGAUGAUGAUGACGAUGACGCCGAUGGGGAGGAGGAGGAGGAUGCGUACUACUAUGAGGAUGAGGAUGCUGGCCAUGAAAAGGAGCCGGCAACCAGCAGUAGCAGCCCCGAAGAUCCCAAGGAGGACAGCAGCUCGGCGGAGGAGGGCGCCGACUUUGGGGCCAUGGAAGAGUCAGAGUCGGGGGUGGAGACAACGCUCGCACCCUCCAGCACUGAUGUGGAGGAGGAGCAGUUGUCCAGCACAAAGAACAGCAUGGCCAAAAAGAAGAAGCGCAUACGCAUACGGAGACGACCGCCGGCCUCGGCAUCCUCAUCGGAGGAGGAUGACUACGAUGAUGAUGAUUCUGGCGGCAUUGGUGGAUUUUUUCGCAUGAUUUUCUAUCCCGUGCAAGUGGCCAUGUCCCGCCUGAUGGACUUUGGCUUCGGCAGUCCAUCGUCAUCGUCCACCGACGAGGAGGACGAGGAGGAUCACAAGGUGCAGCCCACACACUACCCAACAUUUCCCAGCUACACGCUCUAUCACAGCGCACACAGCAACGAGGCCUAUGCCCAGUCCGCAGACGAGGAAGAUGAUGACGAGGAGGAGGAGGAGGACGGCAGCAGCGGCCUGGGCAGUUGGUUUAGCUCUUGGUUUGGUCCGGGACGACGCACCAAGAAGAUUGGCAGCACCACCACCAGCACAACCACAGUGCUGCCAGUGCCGGCACCCACCCAGGAGCCAGCGAGUUGGCUGGAGUCAUGGUUUGGCCUUGGCAAAACGACAACAACCACAACGCCCACCGAUGCCGAUGAAGAUGACUAUGACAAAUGGUUUUAUAGCUGGUUCGACGCUAAGCCCAAGAGGAAAGUGCGCCGACGCAGCACGACAUCAACGACGACGUCGACGACAACCAGCCAACCGUCGGCUCAGGCUGCCGCCCAGGUGCCCAUAUUGACAAUUGUGGAUCCGUUGAGGAAUCCACAAAACUGGAUUGGCAUACUCGCCCAUCACAUAGUGAACUCCACGGGCACAACGACAGCGAAUCCUUUGCUGCAGGCGCUGGUCACCAGAAUGACAACGACCAAGGGGACGACAACGACAACGACGACCACCGAGAAGCCGGAUAUGCCGCGCAGGAUAAGCUAUGAUAAGUAUCAGAUAUGGCGCUUGAAGCCGCAGGAUGAGGCACAAGUGCGAGCACUGGAGGAGUUCAAGAAGGGCGAGGAUGGCGUGAAGAUGCACUGGCUGAAGGGUCCCAGUCUCAGAGGUCUCACCGAUGUCCUGGUGCCGCAAAAAAUGCUCGUGGAUUUCCAGGGCACACUCAACUACGAGGGCAUUGCCCAUGAGGUGCUCAUCUUUGAUGUGGGCAAGGCCAUUGCCUAUGAGCAGUCGAAGGAGGACUAUCUGCACACGACACCCAUCGCCACGAAGCGACCCUCCAAGCCGAGGCCCAUGGCCAUUGCACAGCCUGGCAUGACCUGGAACCGUUAUCACACACACGACGAGAUUGUGCAAUAUCUGGAGACGAUGCGCAUGCGGCAUCCGCAGCUGGUCGAGCUCAUCCACAUUGGACGCUCCUAUGAGGGUCGUCCACUGAUUGUUGUCAAAAUCGAGUCCAAGCAAUCGGCGGCCAAUGCAGCAGCCAAUGCCACAUCCUCGGGCUACAAGAGACCCAAACGCAAGCGAAAAUCCGGCCAGGCGAAUGCCGUCUUUGUGGAGGCUGGCGCCCAUGGUCUGGCGUGGAUUGGACCAGCCACGGCCACCUGGAUGAUCUCCGAGCUGCUGCGAUUGAUGAAAACCAACAAGAGCAACGAGGAGCUGGAGCUGAUACGUAAUACCACGUGGUAUGUUAUGCCCGUGCUGAAUCCGGAUGGUUAUGCCUUUAGCCAUGAGUAUGAUCGUUUCUGGAAGAAGUCGCGCUCCCAGCACAUGGCCCGCACGCCGGGCGGACUGCUCGACUCGGCCAUGACGUGGCUGCAACCGAAACGCGGCCCGGAUAAGGUAUGCCACGGCGUGGAUCUUGAUCGGAAUUGGCUCUACCAUUGGGGCAAGCGUGGCAGCUCCAAGGCGCCGUGCAAUGAGUUCUAUGCGGGACCCGCACCCUUCUCCGAGCCAGAGACAAAGGCCGUCUCCGAUUUUCUCAUGGAUCAACGCACACAGAUCAAGCUCUACAUUUCGCUGCAGGCAUAUGGCCAAGUGGUUUCGUAUCCGGUGAAGACCAAUUCCACAUUCAAUUCGGAGCGCUUGGAUGACUUCCUGGACGUGGCCAUGGUGGGCACCGACGGCCUGCGCAAAAAGGGCAGCAAAUCGCGCUACAAAGUGGAUGCCUCCAACGAUCUGAUCGAGCAGCGUUCCGGUUGCGCCGAUGCCUUUGCCGCCUACGAGAUUGGCAUUCCCUUCAGCUACACCAUCCAGCUGGCAGACAAUGGUGUCCAUGGCUAUCUGCUGCCCAGCAGCGCCAUUGAGCCAACAGCUCGGGAUGCCUUUGAGAUUGUCAGCGCCAUGCUGGACUACAUUUAAGAGCCGACUCCGACUGGUCUUUGCUGUGCGUGGAGUCUCUCUGGGGUUGGGUCAGGGCUUUAUGCACACAAUUCUGAGUUCCUUUUUUUUUUUUUUUUUUUUGUGCGUGUGUCUCUAGCUUUAAGUAUCGCAAAUCUCCUUCGCAUCUAAGCU